AUGGCCUCCAGAUCCGACCGCGUCGAUAGCGCCCUACAAUCUCUCCUCGAACGCCUUGUCCCACCCCAACUCCCUCAUGAAGACGACGACACCGCGAACCAGCGCUGGGACGACGCCUACAAUUUCGCGACUCGAACUGUAAAGCAGGGUGGGCAUGGUGAGCAGUUGGGAGAAGAUGUGGGUCAUGUUGCGGAUCUUAUUAGGAGGAAGUUGGUGAGAGAUGGACAUGUGAUGAGGGGAGAGGAGGAGAGGAGGUUUGGCAAUCUUGUGGAGCGGUUGGUGAGUCAGCCGGUGUUGAGUCGCAAGGGGGCGAUUUUGAGGUUUUUGUUGCGGAGUGAGGAUUUGGGGUUGAGUGGAGAUGGGGAGAAUGGGAGGGAUGGAGUGUUUGGAGAGGAGGAGGAGGAGGAGGAUGAGCAGACGCGGCGGGAUGGACAGGAGUUGGUGGAGCAGGAAGAUGAAGAUGAUGAUGAGGAGGUGAUGGAGGAGAAAGAGGUGUUUGAUGAGGCUUUCAGGAGGAACGGCUUACCGCGUGUGAGUCCAGCGAGCGGACCUGAGAGCCCUAAGAGGCCACCGGUACUGAGUAGGGAGAGGGAGAGGCAAGUCCCGGCUAGGGAGAGGCCACAGACGAGGCAAGACGAGACACCGGUCGCACCGAAGAUGAACGGAGCCGUGGGUGAGCCGACGGAAAGUGCGCUGCUGAGGGACCUGCCCUUUACACUGCAGGGACUUUCGUCGAACAAUCUGCCUUUUGCGGACGCUAAGUCAUUGAGGUUACCGACCACGCUACCUGUGCCGCUUGUUGCACUUCUGCAUACGCUGGCUGAGCCGUCGUUGCUGUACAAGUCGCUCUCGGAUUUCGUCGAGUCUUCUGAGGGUGGUCUGGUAGGGCAGAGUCUGCGUUCUGCUAUUGGGAUCGAGUUACGAUCAUAUCUGGGCCUGGUCGCUACGCUUGAAGGGCAGAUUCGGCGGGCGCUUGCUCAGCUCGACGAGACGAAGCCACAAGGUGGACUUGGGAAGACAGCAGUGACGCUGAAGAGAUGUGUGGUCUGGACACGAGAAGCUACACUUGGUCUCCGCCUGAUGAGCAUGAUCGUGGAGUCUGCGAAGGGCAAGAAAGGAGGCGAGCUCAUCACGCUCAUACACACCUUUUCAUCCUCACAUGGCGACCCCUUUGUGCAUAGCUUCGCAGAACGGAUGCUCACACACGUCACGAGGCCUUUCUACAACAUGCUCCGGGCCUGGAUCUAUGAUGGAGAACUGGAAGAUCCGUACCUGGAGUUCUUCGUCUUUGAAAACGAAGGCUAUGAAGACAGUGGCGCGACUAGUGUCUGGGACCAUAAGUACCGGCUCAAGCAAGGCAUGAUACCAUCGAUCAUGUCAUCAGACUUCGCAAAUCGGGUAUUCUUGAUUGGAAAGAGCUUGAACUUCAUCCGCUAUGGUUGCGGUGACAGUGGCUGGGUGGAGUCGCACAGCAAGUCUGCUUCGCGAGAGCUAAAGUACGGCGAUAUGGCGACUUUGUCUACGAGCAUCGACGAGGCAUACAAGACAGUCAUGGCACGAUUGUUGAGCCUGAUGGAAAGCAAGUUUGCACUUUCUUCGCAUCUGCAAGCAUUGAAGAAGUACCUCUUGCUGGGUCAGGGCGACUUCAUCGAGUUGCUGAUGGAAUCACUAUCGGCAAACCUGGAUCGACCAGCGAACAGCCAAUAUCGUCACACUCUGACCGCGCAGCUUGAACAUGCCAUCCGCAACUCGAACGCACAGUACGACAGUGCAGAUGUGCUUCGUCGGCUUGACGCUCGAAUGCUGGAGUUGAGUCAUGGCGAGAUAGGCUGGGAUGUUUUCACCCUCGAGUACCGCAUCGACUCACCUCUCGAUGUGAUCGUGACACCCUGGGCCAACAAGCAAUACCUUAAGGUCUUCAACUUCCUCUUCCGCGUCAAACGGGUGGAGUUUGCCCUUUCCACAACAUGGCGGAACGUCCAGACUGGUGCACGAGGCGUUCUAGGUUCUGUCAGCGAUAAGCUCGGCGCAGACUGGAAGAGCGCACGUGGCGGUCUAGCGGAAAUGAUUCAUUUCAUCGAUCAACUACAGUACUAUAUCCUCUUCGAAGUCAUCGAAGCCGGCUGGAAUGGCCUGCAAAGCAACUUCAAGAAGCCCGAUGCCACACUGGAUACCCUUAUCAGCGCACACACAGGCUACCUCCGCUCCAUCACACGGAAAGGUCUCCUUGGCGGAGGUGGCACAGCAGACUUCACAGCACAACUCCACGAACUCCUCAAACUCAUGCUCGCGUACCGCGACGCAGUUGACAGCCUUUACAGCUACAGCGUUGCCGAGUUCACCCGACGUCAAGACCUCUCCUCCCGCAUCGAAAGCCGCACCAAAGCCGGGCGGUGGGGUCUCACGGAAGCUGACGAGUCUUCGCGCUCAGAAGAGUCUCCCAUCCCGCCCCUGUUACAGACAAAUGGAGGCAGCCUAGAUGGUGAGAGAGAUCGGCUGGAUCAGAUCAAACAGAGGCUGAGGAGUCUUGAGAUUGAUUUCAGGUCCAGGACGAAUGUAUUGCUGGGUGAUUUGGCGCAUCAGCCGGAUACGGAUAUGAGGUUCUUGGGCGUGGCGAUGAAUUUCAAUGACGUCUAUCAGCCGGUGAGGAAGAGGAGGCAGAAGCCUGGUGAUAAGAUGCAGGCAUCGAUGGUGGGCAGUGUGGCGAAGAAGCCGGCUGAGGAGGUGAAGGCGUGA